AAAGGCAAGACAGUAAAUAUUUUAGAUAUUGAGGGCCAUAUAGUCUCUGUCACUAUUCAUCUCUACCAUUAUAGUACAAAAGCAGCCAUAACAAUAUGUAAAUAAAUAUAUAUGGUUGUGUUCCAAUAAAACUUUACAAAAAUAGGUAGUAGACUAGUUUGCCAACCUGUGACAUAGACUGCUUGGUGGAGCUUAUUCCACCCACUCCCCAUUUUUCUAUUUUUCUAAGUAUAUACUUUUCCAGACCUGAUUCAACUACAGAGAUGGCAGCUGAGUCACUGCCUUUCUCCUUUGGGACACUGUCCAGCUGGGAGCUGGAAGCCUGGUAUGAGGACCUGCAAGAGGUCCUGUCCUCAGAUGAAAAUGGGGUUACCUAUGUCUCACCACCUGGAAAUGAAGAGGAAGAAUCAACAAAAACCUUUACCACUCUUGACCCUGCCUCUGUGGCUUGGCUGACUGAGGAGCCAGGAGCAGCAGAGGUCACAAGCACUUCACAGAGCCCUCACUCUCCAGAUUCCAGUCAGAGUUCCCUGACUCAGGAGGAAGAGGAAGACCAAAGAACCAGGAAACGGAAACAGAGUGGCCAUUCCCUAGCCCGGGCUGGAAAGCAGCGCAUGAAGGAGAGAGAACAGGAGAACGAGAGGAAAGUGGCACAGCUAGCUGAAGAGAAUGAACGGCUCAAGCAGGAAAUUGAGCGCCUGACUAAGGAAGUAGAGGCAACUCGCAGAGCUUUGAUUGACCGAAUGGUUGAUCUGCACCAACCAUGAAUGAUUGGGACCAUCACUCUCCCACUCAGGCCCACUACCUACCUUUCCCAGAAGUGGCUCUUGACCACCUGCUCACUAGUGCCAAUGAUGUGACCCUCAACCCCACAUAUUCAUAAGGUAGGCAUAGGACAGACAAAAGGAAAGGGUCUCCACUUGUAUUUAGAGAGUGUACAUUUAUUUAUUACUGUAUCUAUCCAUUAAAGUGAUUUUCUAUGAG